GCUCCCGAGUCCCGGGAGGGAGGCCCAGGCCCGGCCGCCCUUCCCCACCGGGCAGGCCGAGCUCGCCGGACGCACGGGCCGAAGGACCGACGGACGCCUGGCGACGGCGACGGCGGGCCCGCAGGCCCCGCCCUAAAGGCGCAGGCAGAGGCCGCGGCGGGGGCGCAAGGGCCGCCAGGGAGGCCGCGACCGCCCGACCAGGCCUCAAGGGCAAAGUCUAGAGCCGGCGACGGGGCCGCCCCUCUCGCUGGGUCCCGGCGGCGACGCGCGGGCCUCGUACUCGCCCGCGUUUCCUCGCGGCUUUUGGUCCCUCCCACCCGCCGUCCUUCUUGCCCCUCCUCCCCCGCCCUCCGGGUUGUCAGGGCAACCCGAGCGACGCCUGCCCCGAGGAGAGGCGUUAGGAGGGGCGGCGGCGGCGGCGGGGCUCGGCCCGUGGGGGCCCGGGAGCAGCUGACCAUGGAGCCCCAGAAAAUCACACCAUCCUCAAAGCCUCACCCACCUGUUGUGGGCAAAGUGACUCAUCACAGCAUUGAAUUGUACUGGGACCUGGAGAAGCAAGCGAAACGGCAGGGCCCUCAGGAGCAGUGGUUCAGGUUCUCAGUUGAAGAGGAAGACCCCAAAAUGCACACUUAUGGUAUCAUUUAUACGGGAUAUGCAACCAAGCAUGUUGUGGAAGGUCUGGAACCACGGACACUGUAUAGAUUUCGGCUGAAGGUCACCAGCCCCACUGGAGAUUAUGAGUACAGCCCAGUGGUCUCCGUAUCUACGACCAGAGAGCCCAUGAGUAGCGAGCACUUUCAUAGAGCUGUCAACGUGAACGAUGAAGAUUUGCUGGUUCGAAUACUUCAAGGAGGAAAUGUUAAGGUUGAUGUUCCCAAUAAGUUUGGCUUCACGGCUCUGAUGGUUGCUGCCGAGAGAGGAUACACCAGGCUUGUGAAAAUCCUCGUUUCUAAUGGCACAGAUGUGAAUCUGAAGAAUGGAAGUGGCAAGGACAGUCUAAUGCUUGCGUGCUAUGCGGGACACCUAGAUGUUGUGAAAUAUCUCCGAAGACAUGGAGCUUCUUGGGAGACUAGAGACCUAGGAGGCUGUACGGCUCUGCACUGGGCUGCAGAUGGAGGCCACUGCAAUGUGAUUGAGUGGAUGAUAAAGGAUGGCUGUGAGGUGGAUGCCGUGGACGCUGGCUCAGGGUGGACCCCACUCAUGCGAGUCUCCGCGGUCUCAGGAAACCAGGGGGUAGCCUCUCUGCUGAUUGACGCAGGAGCAGAUGUGAACAUGAAAGAUAAAGACGGAAAGACUCCUCUAAUGGUGGCCGUGUUAAAUAAUCAUGAAGAGUUAGUCCAGUUACUUCUUGACAAAGGGGCAGAUGCAAGUGUAAAAAAUGAGUUUGGCAAAGGCGUCCUAGAAAUGGCCAGAGUUUUUGACAGACAGCAUGUAGUCUCCUUAUUAGAAGAAAGGAAAAAAAAGCAAAUGCCGAAGAAGUCGUCUAUCCGCUGACAAGGCACCGCUGACCUCCCAGAGCCAAGUGAAACAAAGCAAAACGUGACUGUUGAACUAGAGAGAGGAAAUUCUGCCUCUUUGAGGGCUAUAUAUUUGAUUAUUUAUGUAGUUGAAGAUUCACAGUGACUUUUGUAACGCACAACUCUUCCCACUUGGAAAUACAUCUUUUUACCUAA